AUGCUGCUGCGGCUGCUGCGGCCCCUCCUGCAGAGGGCGCUGCCCAGGGUGGGGCUGCGAUGGCAACACCGUGUGGCUGUGGAAGUCACCAACGAACCAAUCUUGGAGUUCAAGCCAGGGAGCCCCGAACGACUGGCUCUCCAGAAGGCCCUGAACGACUUGAAAGACAAGACCGAAGCGAUCCCCUGUGUCGUGGGGGGUGAGGAGGUGUGGACAGCGGACGUGCGGUAUCAAGUGUCGCCUUUCAAGCAUUCACACAAAGUGGCCAAAUACUGCUAUGCAGAUAAGGGCUUGCUGAACAAAGCCAUCAAUGCCGCCCUGGCCGCACGGAAGGAGUGGGACCUUCGGCCCAUCCAAGACCGGGCGCAGAUUUUUUUCAAAGCAGCCGACAUAUUAAGCGGACCCAGGAGGGCGGAACUGUUGGCCAAGACCAUGAUCGGGCAGGCUAAAACAGUCAUUCAGGCGGAGAUCGAUGCGGCUGCCGAGCUGAUAGACUUUUUCCGCUUCCAUGCCAAAUAUGCCGUGGAGUUGGAGCAGGAGCAGCCCCUCAGCGUGCCCCCCAGCACCAACAGCAUGGUGUAUCGGGGGCUGGAGGGUUUCGUUGCUGCCGUCUCUCCCUUUAAUUUCACCGCCAUCGGAGGAAACCUGGCAGGGGCUCCCGCUUUGAUGGGUAACGUGGUCCUCUGGAAACCCAGUGACACCGCGAUCCUGUCAAACUACGCCAUAUACAAGAUCCUCUUGGAAGCCGGCCUCCCUCCCAACAUCAUUCAGUUUGUCCCAUCCGAUGGCCCGGUUUUUGGGGACACGGUGACGGCCUCCGAGCACUUCUGUGGGCUCAACUUCACCGGCAGCGUCCCAACCUUCAAGCGCCUCUGGAAGCAGGUCUCUGAAAACCUGGACCGGUACCGUACUUUCCCACGGCUGGCUGGAGAGUGUGGCGGGAAGAACUUCCACUUCGUGCACGCCUCGGCUGAUGUGCCCAGCGUGGUGAGCGGGACCCUACGCUCCGCCUUCGAGUACGGCGGCCAGAAGUGCUCAGCCUGCUCUCGCCUUUACGUCCCUGAUUCUCUGUGGCCCGGCAUCAAAGGCCGGCUCCUGGAGGAACACCAGAAGAUCAAAGUGGGAGACCCGGUAGAAGAUUUUGAAACGUUUUUUUCUGCUGUGAUUGACCAGAAGUCUUUCAGCCGCAUCCAGAAGUGGAUCAAACACGCCGAGACAUCGCCCAACCUCAACAUCCUUGCCGGGGGAAAAUGUGAUGACUCGGUUGGCUAUUUCGUCCAGCCGUGCAUCAUCGAAACCCGUGACCCAAAAGAUCCCAUCAUGCAGGAGGAAAUCUUCGGUCCUGUCCUGGCUGUCUUCGUGUAUCCAGAGAAGCAAUACCGUGACGUCCUCCGGCUAAUAGACAACACUUCACCAUACAGCCUCACGGGGGCAGUCUUUGCCCAAGAUAAAGCCGUUGUUGCUGAAGCGAGGCGAUAUCUCCACAACGCAGCGGGCAAUUUCUACAUCAAUGACAAGUCAACUGGCUCCAUUGUGGCCCAGCAGCCCUUCGGGGGCGCUCGUUCCUCAGGAACCAACGACAAGCCUGGGAGCCGUCACUACGUGUUGCGCUGGACAUCUCCCCUGGCCAUCAAGGAGACCCAUGUGCCCUUGGGGGACUGGAAGUACCCAUACAUGCAGUGAAGUCCCUUCCCAGUGCCUUUCUGGCAGUUGCCGCUGCGGUAUUACUGGCGCAAUUGCCGACCUGUUACAGGC